CAAGAUGGCAGCCUCCUUCAAGAAAACACAAGCUAAAACAUUUCCACGAGUUGGAGAAACGGCCACGAGAGAUGUAUCAUAUUGGAACAACUUGACAGUUCCAGUAACUGUCAAAGAGUAUGGUGCCAUCACACACAUUAACUUCUGUCCAGUAUCUCCCAAUUAUCUGGCCGUAACCUGUUCAGCCAGAAUUCAAAUUUAUAGUCCACAAACUUGUCAGAUUGUAAGAACCAUCAGUCGUUUUAAAGAAGCAGCACACAGUGCUUGUUAUCGUUCAGAUGGCAGACUUCUUGUAGCUGGCGGAGAUGAAGGAAUAAUCAAUGUAUUUGAUGUUAACAGUAAAUCGUCAUUAAGAACUUUCCGUGGUCAUAAUCGCUCAGUUCAAGUUGCCCGUUUCUUGUCAGAUAAUAUUCGAGUUUUGUCUGGUUCAGAUGACAAAACAGCAAGAAUUUGGGAUUUGUCAAGUGAAAAACAAAUUAUCAAUUAUAAAGAACAUGGGGAUUAUAUCAGAACUGGUACUGUUAGCGACGCAAGUCCUGACAUUGUUCUUACAGGCUGUUACGAUCAUAAAGCCAGGCUUUUCGACGCUAGGAUGCCUGCAAGUGUCUUAACAGUAGAUCAUGGUUUUCCCAUUGAGAGUGUCUUAAUGUUUCCAAAUGGUGGAAUUUUCAUGACUGCAGGAGGAAACAAUAUAAAUGUUUGGGAUGCUCUAGCUGGAGGACGACUCUUAACUACUUUAAGUCAUCAUCAUAAAGCAAUCACAAGUUUGACUUUUUGUAGCAACAAUCAAAGAUUCAUGUCUGGAUCUCUGGAUAGACAUGUCAAAAUUUAUGAUGUCACAUCUUAUCAAGUUGUUCAUACCUUGGAUUACCCUGGCUCCAUAUUGAGUCUAAGUGUUGCCCCUGACGAUACUAUGGUUGCUGUUGGAAUGGCAGACGGACUUUUAUCUAUGCAAAAAAGAAAAGAAUCAGAGACCAAAAUUGUGAAACCAGUGAAGAAAAAUUCUUACAAGUACCAGUUACAGGCAAAAACAUACGUUGUUCAGAAAACUGAUCAAGUAGUGCAGCAUAAAAAAAGAGAAAUUUUAGCAAAGUAUGACAGAAGUUUGAAAAAAUUUGACCAUAGCAAAGCUUUAGAUGAGGUGCUUCAGUUGAAAGUUCAAAGAAAACAUCCAGAGGUGACAGUUGGAAUAAUGCAGGAGUUGAUGAGACGUGGAACUAUAAAAGCGGCAUUAGCUGGACAAGACUCAAAAUCUUUGUGUAUGUUGAUAAACUUCGUGCGUCAUAAUUUAACAAAGUCUGAAUUUGCAGUGACUAUGAUGGAUGUUUCUAAUAUUAUUAUUGACAUUUACUGGUCAACUAUUGGUCAAAACAGUUUUAUAGACAGUGCAUUGAUUGGCUUAAAGAAAACUGUAGAUAAGGAAUUAGAACUUAUAAAAUUGUCCAUGGAAGUUUUAGGUGCCAUGGAUGUUAUUUUUGCUGCUGCUCAUUCAACAUCAACUACUAAAACUAACUCUAACUCAUCACAACUACCAUCAGAAAAUAAAACAAUAUCAUAAAAAAUAAAAUGACAUAGAUUUGUAAAAUAAAAAAUGUAAUGAAAAUUU